GCACGCUAUGCGAUGGCUUUGGCUAUUUUUUAACAUUUCGGUUUGCAUACUUGUGUAAAUAUCUUUGAAUCCUGAAAGCCGUACUUAUGAAGCUAAACGGUCCAUCCGAUUUUCAUGAUUUAAAUUUUGUUUAUUAAUUGGAUUAACUAGGAUUAUUCCAAUUAAGUGGUAAUGUCCAUCAGUGGAGUUUGAGUACGUAUCUAUAGAAAAGUAGUGCAUUACAUAACGUAUGAAUAACACUAAGUGGUUUUUGUGUUCUGUACCGAAAGACUCCAAGAUGCUAUCGUGUUUUAGUAUUUAAAAUGAGCGAUUUAUUUGUCAUUGUAGCGAUACAGAAUGAGACCUCGUCAAUAAUAUAAACUUAACGUUUUACCGAAAGUUAGUGCAAGAAGUUCGAACUCGUGAUGAAAAACUACAUCUUUUGGUAUUGUGGAGGUUUUUCACACUUUGUGAAAAUAUAAAUUAAUACUUCAGUCCUGUUGAACUUCAGGAGCCUCUGACAACAGUAGAAUGUUAGUGAAGCAUUCCAGUUUAAUGUUUUCAUCCAAUGUACUUUGGAGUCUAGCCCCGUCAAUUUUAAUCCAGUAUUACAGUUUGUGGCUUCUUCAUUAUCACAAAUUCCAAGGUUUUUUAGAGGGAGAGCCUUGCUACUUCACAAAAAUCUCUAAGCAGCAUGUCGCUUUGUUUUUCACAGCAUACGAAGCAGUCUAUGUAGAUGCUCUCUAACGAGAAAUACAAUUUGUAGUAAAACUGUCGUUUGUUCAAGCUUCAUGUUACAGCAGUUGCGAGCCAAAAAUUACUUGAGCUUUACCUUUCCUUUAAAUCCUUUCAUAAGGUUCAUAUACUGCUCUUAUCGAACAUCAAAAUGGCGUCACCUUAAUUUGUGAUUAGAUAUUGUGUAGUGUGUUAGUGUUGCUGUUCUAGGAUCCAGCAAUUCGGUGUGAUCAAACGUUAUGUAGCAUAAAAAAACCCAGUCUGGUUAUCUCUUCUAUGGUGUCAAACAAGGGCGUUGCUUUACUUAUGACUGACUGAGUAGAGGUGUUGAGUGGUUAUCGACCAUCGGAUUCAAGAUGUACUGAUCUGAUAUUGUUAAGGCUGUUUGUUCUAAGUACCUAACAAUAUGUCCUAUAUUAGUCUUUGCGUAAUACAAUUGCGUUCACACAGAAUGGUAAAAGUUUCAGUUAUUACUAGGUCCAUCAUGGCCAUUUCUUGCCUUACCGUCUCUGCCUAUUUUAACUUUGCAAAAUCACAAAAUUAAUUGAAAGCCAAGUUGCCAAUCUACACAUUCAACCACUGUCCGUCUUCGAUUUUCACAGUUCAAUGGAGACUAGUUCUAAGAAAAAGUGAUCUGAUUUCAGGUAUAUCACUCAACUUGAAGGUCUAUAUUCUGUAUGAGCAUGCGUUAGGAUAUGCGCUGUUCCGAGUUAAAGUCAAAUCACUAGAAACUUCAGAUGCCGUUGCUGCGUUACAACAGUUAGCUGCAGAUCUGUUAAACGAUGAAGAAGAGUUUAUGAAAUGUUUUAAACUGCACGCAUUUGUGCCUUUCUCCUCCUCAGCUAGUGCUCUACAAAAUUGUAAUGGGAUAUCAGAAGGUGUUGUUCCACAGGAACUUAAAACGUUCAUAGAAGAGAAUUUACCUGCUUCUUCCGAUGUUUUGCUGUGUAUCUCAGACCGGAAACUUGCUGAAUCUCUUAAAGCGCCUGAAGUUGGAUUGCCUGAAACUAUUGCAUGUUCAUCUGAAUCCAUUCUUCAUGAAGUCUUUCGGGCUCUCCGAUUUUACUUUCCUAAAUACAUUAAAGAAUUUUCGCAUUUCGAUGAAUCAAAAGCUCAAAUAGGUUUGGGUCAUAGUUACUCUAGAGCCAAAGUGAAAUUUAAUAUAUACAGAAACGACAAUAUGAUUAUUCAGUCCAUAAAUUUACUGGACCAAUUAGAUAAAGAUGUGAAUAACUUUUGCAUGCGUGUCAAAGAAUGGUUCUCUUAUCAUUUCCCAGAAUUGUCAAAAAUUGUUCCUGACAAUCCAACUUUUGUUAAAGUAGUCGGUCUUAUUCGUACCCGAGCUGGUGCAACAGAAGAAAAUUUUGAAGCAUUGGAAGCUUUAACUAAUAGUCAAGUUGCUUCAGAUAUCAUUGAAUCUGCUAAAUCAUCCGUUGGCUUUGAUAUUACGGAUGAUGAUGCUGAGAAUUUGGCAACAUUCACUGAAAAAAUUAAUGCAUUAAUUGAACGUAGAAGACUAACACAAGAGUAUUUAGCAAAGAAACUUGCUGGUGUUGCCCCAAACUUGAGCACAAUGAUUGGGGACAGAGUAAGUGCAAGGCUAAUUGCUCAUGCGGGAUCCCUUACGAACUUGGCUAAAUUCCCUGCCUCGACAAUUCAGAUAUUGGGGGCGGAAAAAGCGUUAUUCAGAGCAUUACGAACUCGUGGUGCUACACCAAAGUAUGGAUUGAUUUAUCAUAGUCAAUUUAUCACUCGUGCUGCUCGAGAAAAUAAGGGGAAGAUCUCUAGAUUUUUGGCUGCCAAAUGUGCUAUAGCCUCUCGAAUCGACUGCUUUAGUGAAGUGCUUUGUGAUAUCUAUGGAAAACAUUUGAAGCAACAAAUUGAGGAUAGAUUGAAUUAUUUUGAGACUGGCACUACGCCCCCUACAAAUGCUGAAGCUAUGGCGCGCGCAAUUGCUGAGGUGAAUAAAUAUAUUCAACGAAUGAAGAAAAAAGCUAUCAAAACACUGAAUAAAAGAGAUUCAGAUAGUCAAGAAGAAGAAGAAGCAGCUGUCACAACACUUGAAACACCUAUAUUAGAUAGUAAGAAGAAACGUAAGAAAAAGCGUAAUUUAAUAAAUGAGAACAUCACCACUACUACUACUACUGUUGUGGAUGGUGUUUCCAAUGAUCCGAAUGAAAUAAUGAAUCAUGAUGAAGGAGAACAACAACAACGACAAACAACUGAAAUGAAUCAACAUCAACUGCUAAAUGAUGAUAAAGAAGAGAAAAGUACAACAAUGAAGAAAAAGAAAAAACGUCAUCAUUCAGAAUCAAUUGAUAUUAUUGAUAAUUCAAUGUUAACAAAUGGUGAUCAUAUUUGUAUAGAAACAAUUGAAACACCAAUAUUAUCUAAACGUAAACGAUCAGCUUCUGAAUCCAGUAUACUAUUAGAGGAUAUAAAAUCGGAUAGUUUAAAAAAGAAGAAAAGAAAAAAACAUCCUAUAUGAUGUGAUUGGAUUAAGUUACAUUUAGCUGUGUAAAAGACAAUCAGCUCAAUUUUUGACUAUUUAUUGUAAAUAGUAACAUUAUUGGUUAUUUUUUGGUUGUUGUUGUGGAAUAUAAAAUGUAUUAUG